UUACCUGGCUUCUGAGUCUCUGUCUCGACGCUACCCUGCCACAUAUGGUGGCAGUGGUGGGAUAAACAACGUCUCCAAGACUCAGGCCAGAGACGGUACUGCAGUCCAAUAUUAUUGUUUUGUUUUGAAUAAUAGUUCGAUCAUAUUCAAGAGACUCUCCGAUCUGUUUCUCUGUCACAUUAUCCCCAGUCCCUCUGCUCUGUAUUCGUGUCUUUGUCAUGUUUUCCAUGUCUGUUACAUUUCUUGUAGAUGGUUUCUCUUUACAUGUUGUCUUGCACGGUUUCUGUCUUCCCUCCCUCCCCCCCCUCUCUUGGUCCCGCCCUAUUUUAAUCACAGAGAGGAGGAGAACGAAGAGGAGGAAGAGGAACAACCAAUCACAGAGCCCAAUACUGAGGAUGAGGGUGAGGAAGAGCCCUCUAGACAGGUCAAACACAGUGUGGUUUCACAAUCUCCAGUGAUAGACAACGUAGAACAAGCCAAUGCCAUUUACUCUCCUAAAUACGUAGCCAACAUCAUACCGAUUUCUGAAGAAGACAGGCCUCUCAACAACCCUACAGCAAAGAACUCUCCAGCCACCUCACCCAGGGCAACAGGCUCUACCGACCGUCCCAACUCUUCUCACCUGUAUGUGUCUCCUCCACCCUCUGUGCUCACCUCAUUGUUAGCCAACCGAAGGUCGCCCACCACCACUUCCAGAACUGGUUGCCAGGGUUCUUCAGCCAACAUCACCCCGGCUGUGUCUCCAACUGUGGAGAAACUGCCCUACCUCCCUCAUUCUCCCUUCCAUCUUUUCUCUUACGACUUUGAUGAACCUUCUCCCUCUACAGUCAAGGAAACAGAGGCUGAAGCAAUGAGAUCCAACAGUCAAGCAGAUGCUACCUGCUCAAGCAAAUAUUCCGAUUCCAAUGAUCCCUAUUCAUCCAGGUACUCCUCUGGCAGAUACAACAGCUAUGGCAGCAGCAGCAGCCCUUACACCAGCAGCAAAUCCUACUCCACACUGAGUGCCCCCACUACACCCACCUCCCGCUAUGGAACGUCUGUGUCACCCUCCCCGGACUCCAAAACAGACAGACCGGUGCUGGGCGGGCUGCUCACAUCCUCUUACCGACAGCACCAGGAGUCCCUAGCGGCUGAGCGAGAGAGAAGGCGACAGGAGAGAGAGGAGAGGCUACUGCGGAUAGAGCGGGAAGAGAGGAACAAAUUCAAUCGGGACUAUAUGGACAAAAGAGAGGAGCAAAAACAUGCCAGAGAAGAGAGGUACAAGAAUGUGGAAAGGUUAGCAGCGGAGGAGUACGAGAAGGAAAGGAGCCGCACAGUGCCAAGGGGGCGGAGCGAGCUGACCCUCAGCCUGAGCCCCCACACUGCGUCCACCUCGCCUGUCCCCAGGUGUGUCACCCCCUCCUCAGCUGAGUCCAGGAGGAGCCAGAGACACCGUCCACUCCCUAUGAAUCCCCCAAGCCGGCAGAUGAGGAACACAA